UCGCCUCCUUUCAGUUACUUCCUACUGUCCACCUCCUGCUUUCCACGAAGUUACAACUUGACCGCAAAGACCCAGCUGUUCCUUCAACAGGAAACGUUUUGUCUUCCCCAUUGGUACGUCCAGCCUGUUCGGGGGCCAAUCAGGUUGGGGCUUCGCCGCACUCAACGUCCGCGCGGACAACCGUGGAGCUGAGCUGCGCGUGGAAUCCCACGCAGAAGCGUAAAAGGCAACGCGCUUUGGAGACAGCAGACCGUCCGGAACACUUCAGUCCGAGCGGACACAGCAGCGGGAGCAGCAGAGGAGUGCAGAAGGAGGCUGGAUGAAGCAGGAGACGGGCAACUGAGCUUCAGCGAGCCGGGUACCCGCUUCCCCAUUCCGCAGCUGUCCCCCAAUGUCACCGGACAGGAUGAUGAUCAUUGGACUUUUGCUCAAUGUCUUUUCUCAGGGCGGCGUUUCAGUAUCUGCGUCCUUAGACUGUCUGGUGGCGGAGCAGGGCUGUGUCCAGGAGCCGUCCUGCAAAGGCAUCUAUCGCCUGCUGGAGUACUGUGCGGCAGAGGAAGCCGUGUCGCCUCUCAGUUCAGAUGCCCGCCUGGAGUGCCUGGAGGCCCAAAACUCACUGCAGCAUUAUCAGCCCCUUCAAGUCUGCAAGUGUCAGCGGGGCUCUCGCAGAGAGGAGCACUGCCUGAAGGUUUACUGGACCGUGAGAUUCGCAGUGUACGAUGAGUAUGAAGUGUCCCCAUAUGAAGAGCUGAAGUUGAAUCUGGUGAGAAACAUAGAGGUGUCGCGAAUGGCCUCCAUCAUGGCAGCUUCCUCUGUUGUCGUGGACGGCCAGAACCAGUGUCUGAAGGCCGCUCAGGACUGCGGCCUCUAUGAGAAAUGUGGCUCCCUGCGCUCAGAGUAUGUGGUAGCUUGCACCAAGCGAGCAACAGCCACCGACAACAGCUGCAACCGCCAGAAAUGCCACAAAGCCCUGCGGCGCUUCCUGGAGCGUGUGCCGGAGGAGUACAGCUUCGCUCUUCUUUUCUGUCCCUGCUCUGACACUCUGUGUGGGGAGCGCCGGAGGAAAACCAUUGUGCCAUCAUGUUCCUUUGAGGAGAACGCAAGAGGGGAGGAAAGAGUCGGCAAGCCCAACUGCCUCAGCCUCCAGAACUACUGCUCCAGAGACGAGCUGUGUAGAUCCCGAUUUGCAGAUUUCCAACACAACUGUCAGCAGUCCUCUCUUUCUGCCUCUGGCUGUAUGCGAGAGAGCAGAGCCAUGUGCCUCAAGGCUUAUACCGGACUCAUAGGAACCAUCAUGACUCCCAACUAUGUGAGCAACAGCAGCACGGAGGUGUCCCAGUGGUGCUCAUGUGAAGGCAGCGGGAACGAACUGCAGGGCUGUCAACGCAUCCAGAAUCUGUUCAGCAACAACUUGUGUCUACGCAAUGCCAUCAGCUCCAUGGGAAUCUCAGCGCCUCCUCCGGUGGAACACACGCCGGUGCCAGUUUCUCAGCCCUCCCCUCGCGUCUUCCAGGAGAGGGUCCACGUUAGCGUCAACACGCUCCCUGAAUUCAACAGCAUGGAGGACAGUGACCAAGAGGAGGAACAGGAAGAGGGAGCAAAUGAGGAGUUCAACGUCAUCCCGCCAUACUCUGAGAAGGACUCCGACACUGAAUCAGGUGCCAGAGGGAGUCAGAGAGGAGAAGCCAGCCAAGCGGAGCUCGCUCUGCCGUUGCUGCUGCUGCCAGGUCUCUUCUUGAACUGGGAAUGCUGGAACGACUGAAGACUCGACUUUUCUCUCAGCUUAGAGUUUGCAGUCGCUUUCGGUGUCGAAUUCAUUGCAGCCCUCACUGUGGACCACAGCCGACGGUUAUGGAAAAGACGUGUAAAUGCCUCCAAAAAAAAGUUUGUGUCCUAUUUCUCUGAACACUGUAAAAUAUUCCAACUUGUUUUUUGUUUUUUUUUUUCCUUUUAGGCAUUUAUAAGACAUUACUCAUCCUUCAGUUUAUUUGCUUAAGUGACCUUUCCUCAAUGUGAGCACAUGGGUGAAUUGCAAAGUGCUGUUUGGGCAGAAGCUAUAUCUAGAGCCUCCCUGUCUUUUAAAAUAAAAAAGUAAUACACAGUACUUCACAAAGAAGCAUAUCACCCAGGGCUAACAUGCGCCACACACUCUCUGGAAAACCAUACCCAGUCUACUCGACUGCAACGAGGCGGGAGUGCAGCUUUUGAUUUCUAUUUCAUAACUCUUGUCGCAUCCAUUUCUCUGCUGCUCCUUUGGCUCUUCCUCUAUCUUCAUCAUGCUAAAAAAAAACAACAACAACAAUCUGCUUUAAAACAAGCUAAUAAAAGAGGAAGCAGCAUUUAAACCAUUUUGUGAAAAAUAAAAAAGGAUCUCUUAAAAAUUGCUUCAUUUGACAAGACAGGGAUGAGCUUCAGAAUGAUGCGCCGUCACGGUUUGUAUGCUUGUUCUAACUCCACUUGCCGAAAAGCAUGACAAAAAUCACUUCUCCCUCUUUUUUUUUUUUUUUUUUUUGUUAACACACCACUUAGCAUUAUUCCUCCUGCACCAAGCGGCUGAGAACUCAACCGCGGGCGAAAGUAAUGAGAUCAGACUCCAUUGUAGAAACGGUGUUGGG